GGGAUGUCACCACACGGAGCAGCCGCUGCCAUGGGGCCCGUGGUCCUGACCCUCGCCCUCCUGGGCACUGCAGCCACCACGGCCGACAACUGUCCAGAAGUGAAGAUGCUGGGGCUGGAGGCCGACAAGCUCACCAUCCUCCGGGGCUGCCCGGGUCUGCCGGGGGCCCAGGGGCCCAAGGGAGACACAGGCACCGAGGGCAGGAGAGGAGACCCAGGGCCAUCAGGAGUCCAAGGGAAUGCGGGACCCCCGGGGCCCAAAGGAGACCGAGGGGAGAAGGGCGCUCGUGGAGAGAAAGGAGCCUCGUGGGAACCUGAGCGAUGUGACACAGGACCUCGGAGCUGCAGGGAGAUGCGCACCAGGGGCCGCACCCUGAGCGGCUGGCACACCAUCUACCUGCCCGACUGCCGGCGGCUGACCGUGCUGUGCGACAUGGACACGGACGGCGGGGGCUGGACCGUGAUCCAGCGCAGGGUGGACGGCUCCGUGGACUUCUACCGGGACUGGGCCGCCUACAAGCAGGGCUUCGGCAGCCAGCUGGGCGAGUUCUGGCUGGGCAACGACCACAUCCACGCCCUGACCGCCCAGGGCACCUAUGAGCUCCGUGUGGACCUGGUGGACUUCCAGGACACCCGACAUUUUGCCAAGUACCAGUCGUUCAGGUUGGGGAGCGAGGCCGAGAAGUACCAGCUGGUCCUGGGGGCCUUUACUGGGGGCAAUGCCGGUAACUCCCUGACCCAACACAACAGCUCCCUGUUCUCCACCAAAGACCGGGACAACGACCGGUCCUCCUCCAACUGUGCCCAGACUUACCAGGGCGCCUGGUGGUACUACAGCUGCCUCUCGUCCAACCUGAACGGGCGCUACCUCAGGGGCUCCCAGCAGAGCUCUGCCAACGGCAUCAGCUGGCAUUCAGGGAAGGUUGUCAACUACAGCUACAAGGUGGCCGAGAUGAAGGUGCGACCCGUGUAGGGCCGUCGGCGGCCUAGAGUGUCUCUGAGCAGGUCCCACGCCCCCAGCACGGGCACAGGAGGCCUCCACACAGUCAGAGCUCGCCCUGGCCGCCCACCACUCCCCGGCCCAUCAGGGACCCUCAGCUUCGAGACUCCGACCUACUCCCGCCUUCCUAUUCCGCCUGCCAGGGUGAGGGUGACCCUGACCUUGCGCACUCAUGCAUCCUCAAUAAAGCUUCGCCUCGCUCCGCAGGCACACGA